CCACACCCACAUUUAGAUCUACCACGCCCCUCACCAAAACCGACCAAAGAAAGGAUGCCUCUACCAAAAUCAGCUUCCAUAGGAGCACGAGCAACAGACGUCUAUUCUGAGUCAUGUCCGCUAGUGAUGAACUAUAUAAAAGAGAGAGGAGGAGGCGGAGAAGGAGAGCUACCCCAACUACUACCUUAUCUGAGACAAUUGUUGACUUGCUGCGCGUGUGCUGGACUACUGAGAGACCCAAUGGUGUCCCUCUCGUGUGGACACUGCUACUGCUACGAGUGUCAGUUUGUGGAACCAUUACUGAAAAUACACUGUCGACAAUGUAGAGGGAGGGAAGGCCUAGUCAUUAAUAAUCAGCUAAGACUAGUCGCUAGUUUAUACAGGGAACUCAUUCGUUUAUUGGGACUGGCCACACCUACCGACCACGCCCUACAGGAACUGGUACUGGAAGUGACGGAAGGUGUCAAAGUCUCGAAAGGAUUGUUUUAUAUAUUACCACCCACACGUUAUCGGAAAUUAACGAGUUUGAAACCUUUGAAGAGCAAAUCAAGAGAGACCUCAUCGUCGAUUUGCGCUGAUCCGAUAUCAGACGAUGAUGCUAAUAUCACUGAUUUUGAUAUUGAUGCUGAUUUAUGUGUCAACGAGGACUGCAUUAGAGCGGAGGCUUUAACGAGCGCCGACAGAUCGAGCCAUUUCAAAAUAAUGAGAGACAGUAACAAAACAGUAUCAUCAUCAUCAUCGUCGCCAUUA